ACCCCACAGUGCCAUUCAGCAGCAGAAAAGAGACAUCAGAACAAGCCUUUCUAAAGAAACUAACCUUCAGCAGACACAAAGAUGAAGACGCCACAGCUUCUCGUCCUCCUUCUGACCAUCUUGAUGCAUGCAGCAGUCGGUUUCCCCUCUGACAGAAAGGAGAAACAAGCCUCCUGGGACGAUGUGAACGUGGUGGCUCACGGCCUCCUGCAGCUGGGUCAGGGUCUGAAGGAGCACGUGGACAAGAGCAAAGCCCAGAUGAGAGAAGUCAACGCCAAACUGAAAGCCUUCAACGGCACGCUGGCCGAGCUAGAGAAGAAGCAGAGGGAGCAAAGCGAGGAUUUGAUGGCCAGAAGCAAAGAGGCAGAGGAGAGGGAGAGGCUGGCUGCAGAGCUGACCGAGGAGAUGAGGGUGAAGGUGGAGGAGGUAGGGAAGAAAGACAAGGACAUUCACUCCAGGGUGGACAGACUGGAGGAAAAGAUGCAGGAGGUCCUUAAAGAGCCAAGACUGGAGAGCAACAACAGCGAGCACACAGGAGCCUCGUUUAUCCAGAGACUCCUGGCUGCACAGAACAGACGCAUCGAUCAGCUGGUGGAGAAAAUACAGCAGCAACAAGACAAAAUGGAGAAACAGAAUCUUCACCUGCAGGCACUGCAGAACAAGGUUUCACAUAAGAAAGUAAAAUCCCACAGACGUAGAGAUCAAGAGACGGUUCUGAGGGGGGAGGCAGAGCCAGGCAUGCACACAUCAGGUUUGGCCACAGACUGUCAUGAUCUGUUUGUACAAGGACAGCCCAGCGGCGUCUACACCAUCCAACCACAGGGCUCCCUGCCCUUCAACGUGCUCUGUGAAAUGACUUCAGAAGGUGGAUGGACUGUCAUCCAGAAACGUCUUGAUGGAUCCCAGAACUUCAACCAGCUCUGGGAAAGCUACAGGAGAGGCUUCGGAAACCUGAAUGGUGAGUUCUGGCUCGGCUUGGAGAACAUCCACUCCCUCUCAAAACAAGGACAGUACGUUCUGCAGGUUGAGGUCUCCAAUAGUGCGGGGCAGCAGAAGUCUGAUUAUGGAUUCCAUCUGGACGGAGAAGAUAAGAUGUUCGCUCUCCACCUGCAGACGAAGUCCGAGAGUCAGGAGAACAUCAUGACAAGCGGAGCCUCUGGUGUUCCUUUUUCAACAGUCGACAGAGACAACGACCUCGCCAAAGACGUCAACUGUGCUGAGCUGCUCUCAGGUGGUUGGUGGUUCAGCAGUUGUGGUGAGUCAAACCUCAAUGGCAGAUAUCCCAGAAGGCCGAGCGGGCUCAGGCGUGAUCAGUCAAGGAGACAGGGGAUGUUCUGGACGUCCACAAAGGGACAAAACACCUCUGUAAAGACCACUCUCCUCAAGAUCGCACCCGCCACAAUAAACCAAUGAGCAGAUCAGUCUCUGAAGGACAGAGAGCAGAGGAUGAAAAAAUCUACAAAGGACUGAAAGCAGCAGGAUGAUGAGUCCAAAAAGCACACUAAUGAUCUCUGGAUCUUCACAUUUCUCUAUGCUAUGCUAUAAGAUACAUUUUCUGUCAUAUUGACAGGUGAAACUAAAUUCCCUUUAUAAGCGGUUCACUUCUUAAUCUUAUUUUUUCUACCUGUGUUUUAAAUAUUUCUGCCACGAUGAUGUUUAGUGUAUUAACUUCGACAUGUAUACACUCUAAACUUUUUUACAUUUCAUUGCUUAAAAGUGGAUGAAAAUAAACGUCUUAAAGGUUUCAAAAA